AUGGCCGGCUUCACCCACUUUUCCACUGGGGCAACGCUUCUAGCCGUGGCUUUUGGGGCGGCUCAGAUUCUCCAGGAUCCCUUACGACCCCUGCCAGCAGACGCGGCCGUGACUACAGCGGCCCAAUGGAAUCAGGAAACCGCUGAUGCGAAUGUUCGUUUGAUUGAUGUUGGGGCCACACUUAUCGCCAACAUCGACGACCCGGAAGCCGUGAAUGUACAGUCCGUCUGUCCCGGAUAUAAAACGUCCAAUGUGCUCCGCACUUCCAGCGGCUUCACUGCGAGCUUGGAGCUGGCUGGAGAACCCUGCAAUGUCUAUGGGACAGAUGUCGGGUCAUUGACGCUUGAAGUGCAAUUCCAGGACACCGACCGCUUGAAUAUACAAAUUCUGCCUACCUAUGUGGAUGCUUCGAAUUCGUCGUGGUUUAUACUCCCAGAGGAAUUGGUACCCCGCCCAACCGCGGUUCCCGGUUCCUCCGAUUCGAGCGACUUUUCGGUGACAUGGUCAAACGAGCCCAGUUUCAACUUCCAGGUGGCCCGCAGAGCUACAGGUGAGGUACUUUUCGACACUGCAGGCUCGGUGCUAGUAUUUGAGGAUCAGUUUAUCGAGUUCGUGACCUCUUUACCAGAGGAAUAUAACCUGUACGGGCUGGGGGAGCGCAUCAAUCAACUGCGACUCCUAAGAAACGCUACCCUUACUACCUAUGCGGCAGACAUUGGCGAUCCAAUUGAUUGGAAUAUCUACGGACACCAUGCAUUCUAUCUCGACACACGAUACCAUAUAGUCGAUGAACUGACUGGCGAGCAUACCUAUGCCAAAGUCAGUGAGGCUAAUUCUACACAAGAGUAUAGAUCUUAUUCACAUGGGGUGUUCCUGAGGAAUGCUCAUGGCCAGGAGGUGGUUAUGAACCCACGGGGCUUGACUUGGCGAACGAUAGGAGGAAGUAUUGACCUCACUUUCUACUCCGGUCCAACUGCUUUAGACGUCACGAAGCAGUAUCAACGCAGCACAGUUGGUCUUCCAGCCAUGGUUCCGUACCAUUCUCUCGGCUUCCAUCAGUGUCGCUGGGGAUACAAUAACUGGUCGGAAUUUGCGGAUGUGCUUGCAAACUUUGAGAAAUUUGAAAUCCCUCUGGAAUACCUGUGGGCCGACAUAGACUAUAUGCAUGGUUACCGAGACUUUACUAAUGACCAGCGCCGAUUUUCAUACAAUGACACAAAAGUCUUCCUUGACCAACUCCACACAGGUGGGCGUCACUUCGUGCCCAUUGUUGACGCGGCUCUAUACAUCCCAAACCCAGAGGAUGCUUCUGAUGUGUAUGAUACCUACACUCGAGGAGCUGCGGACGACCUCUACAUCAAAAACCCAGACGGCAGCCUUUACGUGGGAGCGGUCUGGCCUGGGUAUACUGUCUACCCAGACUGGCAUCAUCCGAAGGCGGCUGAUUUUUGGGCCAACGAACUUGUGCUCUGGCAUGAGAAUGUGGACUUCGACGGAGUCUGGUAUGACAUGGGCGAAGUCUCGUCUUUCUGUGUGGGAAGUUGUGGGUCUGAAUACCGAGCAUUGAAUCCUGUUCAUCCGCCCUUUGAAUUACCUGGGAGUCCGCAAAACAGAGUGUACGAGUACCCCGAGGGGUUCGAAGUGAGCAACGCAACCGAAGCAGCUUCCGCUUCUGCAGCAUCCGUCAGCCAGGCGUCGGCAACAGAGAGCCCAACACCGUCUACCACCACCUCAUACCUGCGUACAACACCCACGCCCGGGGUCCGCAAUGUCAACCAUCCACCGUAUGUGAUUAAUCAUGUCCACGCUGGCCAUGAUCUUGCUGUUCAUGCUGUUUCGCCAAACGCGACGCACGUAGAUGGUUAUGAGGAAUAUGAUGUCCACAGCCUCUACGGGCACAUGGGCAUACGUGCGACCUACCAGGGGUUGAGGCAAAUCCACCCCGAGAAACGUCCGUUUAUUAUCGCCCGCUCGACUUUUGCAGGAUCUGGGAGAUGGGCAGGUCACUGGGGUGGUGACAACCAUUCCAGAUGGUGGUCUAUGUACUUCUCGAUCUCCCAAGCUCUGCAGUUCUCUCUCUUCGGUAUACCCAUGUUUGGAGUCGACACAUGCGGGUUUAGUGGCAAUACCGAUGAGGAACUUUGUAACCGCUGGAUGCAGUUGAGCGCGUUCUUCAGUUUCUAUCGGAAUCACAACCAGAUUGGGGCGAUCUCUCAGGAACCAUACCGCUGGGCGUCGGUGAUUGAUGCAACCAAGACGGCAAUGAACAUUCGAUACGCCUUAUUACCGUACUUCUACACUUUGAUGAACAAUGCGCAUACUGAUGGUUCCACCGUGUUGCGAGCACUUGCCUGGGAAUUUCCGAGUGAGCCAGCUUUAGCGGCUGUGGACACUCAAUUCCUUGUUGGACCGUCAAUCAUGGUUGUUCCGGUUCUCGAGCCCCACGUCGAUACUGUUCGCGGUGUUUUCCCUGGCGUAGUGCAAGGCCAGGUUUGGUACGACUGGUAUACGCAGACCGCAGUCGACGCAGCGCCCGGAGUGAACAUGACAAUUGCGGCUCCUUUAGGCCAUAUUCCAGUCUAUAUUCGGGGAGGUAGCGUCCUUCCUAUGCAAGGAGUAGCAUUGACCGUCAGGAAUGCUCGUCAGACACCCUGGGCCUUGUUGGCGGCUCUGAGCGUUGAUGGUACAGCGUCGGGACAGCUGUACCUCGAUGAUGGAGAGAGUAUCAGCCCUCCCGCCACGCUUGAAGUAGAUUUCAAAGUGUCUGGUUCGCGGCUAAGCGUCUCGGCGAGAGGCGAUUGGAAGGAAACCAAUCCCUUGGCAAAUGUAACCAUUUUAGGUGUCCCUAACGAGCCGUCAUCAGUAACUCUGGACGGACAGCAGGUGCCAGCUCGCUAUGACGCUGUGUCGCAGGUCCUGUUUGUAACGGGGCUGGAGAGAUUUGCAGACGGAGCUUGGGGGCCAGAUUGGACACUCAGGUGGUGA